CUGAGCGGGAUGUCUCUUCCUCUGCCCCCACGUGGGAUCUCUCUGGCUCCUGAAACUGAAAGUACUGUGUGUGCGUUUCACCUUCAGCCCUUGGAUUAUAGACCUGCAGGGGGGGCGGGUGAGAAGCCACAAUGAGUGCAGAGGAGGAUAUCGAGCUGUCUAGGGGCCCUUCAGGUAUGUAGAUACCUCCCCCCUCCCCCCAACUGAUCUGUGACCCCCAGCAUGGUGACAUGGCCCUGGUUAGGGAGGACUUCUCAUGGACAGACAUUUAUAGCAGGCUAGGGAACUCCAGGCCUGUACAGCACUGAGCACAGGGCAGAUCUGUCCUCCUCUAACCUUGCACAGGGGAGACUUGCAUCUGACACUUUGUUACUUUUUCUUUGAUACUUUGUUACAACAAACACACAAUUGUGUUACAAUGAUACAUAUGUACGCAACAUUUAGUAAACAAUGUAUCAAGCUGUGUUUUGUAGUGUGUAGUUUGGCAGAAUAUACACCAUGGAUUGCUAUUAUAACUUCAUUAAAUCAUAUGGGAGCUCUCUUCCUAAAAUGUCCAUUCUGGGUUCGUUAUUUCUGCGGAUUAACCCUUUGUGUGCCAAAAGGAUGCACAGCACGUGGUUUAUAUAUCUGCCCAAGGUUAAAUUCUACUAUACAGCAUAGGUGUCUGAUCCCUGCUGGCUGACUAUGAUCAGUAUGCAUUGAGCAUUUAUAUGGGACAGGGAGUUAAGCAAAGUAUUUAGUAAAUGCCAAGGGAAUGAAUGCGUUAACUGGAUGGCUGUAGGUUUUGCAUACCAUUCAAAUCCUAUUACAUGGCUUUACAGCUCACUCUUCAGUUUAGUAAGGACCAACUAUGUUAACAGUUUAAAUGCCAGGGAUCAUUAACCCCUUAAGGACCAAGCUUCAUUUGUUUGUGUUGUACUUAAGGAGCAAAGAAAAUUCAGCAUUGAUUCUAUGUAUAUGCAAUUUUCAUCUCUCUCAUUUAUUGCAUUAAUACAUAUUAUAUACUUGUAUUAUUUUUUUUAUUUUUUUUUAAAGGACAAAAGGGGCUUCAUUUGUGUGUGUCUCUCUCUCAUCCCAUUGCACAGCUGUGGAAUGUGUUUGCUCCUUAUAAAUAAUAAUUAAUUACAAAAAAUGCCCAAAUCCUAUUUGUUUUCACAGUUUGGGCAAUAACAGUGUGAGCAUAAUUGGUGCAGCUUAAGAAAAAUCAUUCAAAAUAAAUUCACUUAGUUGAGUACCUCAUAUGUCUAGGUCCAACUAUUUUAGUUUAUUUUUAGUAGUUACUGGUCACAAAAUAAGAGUUGAGUGCAAUACAGUUUAAAUGUGGGACCAUUUUAGAAUUGGCUGUUUGUCUUCUAUGUUUAAUAUCCAUCACAGAAAACACUACUGCCACAGUAUAUAUUUAUGUAAAGUAAACAUCACAGGCUAUAUACCUAAGGGUAUUUUGACACUUAUUCUGUAGCCAUUUAACUACCAAUCUCUGCUAAAUAUUGUUGUAAAAUUGUGGUUUUUUUUAUUUAUUUUUUAUAUACACACACACACACACACACACACACACACACACACAAUACCUAUUCCAUACGGAUGCUGUUUAGUAGAUAACCCCUAAUUUGGUAUAAUGAUGUAGGACUGCCUGUUUAAGGAUACUAAAUUAUUAGAUUUUUUUUUAAAGUGUAUUUUAAAUAGUUUUUAUGCUGUUGUGCAGGGUAUGAAAAGUGCUGCCCUUGGAGACAAUUUCACACUCUGCACAACAGUUGUUUUUAAAGGAUUUUAUUCUCCUUUCUCUUUACAAAUUCUAUACAGAGGUAAAGGCAAGCCCAUUCAUUUACAAAGUCUUUAUAAAAGCAGUACAGGGUGGGGAAAAUGUUGCCAUGCCAAUGCAGUGGUGUUCAAAGUCACUGAGGGUAGCACUUUUCUUGUCUGGCACAAACAAUUUUACCCAAAAAUUCACUAAACAGUAUAUUGCACAUAGGCAAUCCCACAUAAGUGUAUCAAAUUAGGAAGCUAUUAAACAGCACCCUAAUUUGGUAUCUUAAAUAAACUACUAAACUGCUGAAAGAGCCCCAAAAAUACAACAUUGGUCAUUAAGUGGUUAAAGAUUAAAAAAAAAAAAAAAAGUGUCUUGAUAUUUGCCAACAACCUUGUGUGAGGCAGGAGCUGUAUAUUUUUGUAUCAUUAUUAGAAGCUAUGUCCUAUAUUUAAAGGAGAGUGCGUACACAGGUUAUGGUUUUGACUCUGGGAACAUUUUUGUCAAUAUUUCCUUCUGGUAGAUAUAUGUUUCUCAAGAACUGUACUUUAUCGCUUUUGGUCUCUAACCAAAACAAUACAAUCAUAUCUGAUUUCUUUCACUCUCCCCCACCCCCCAGUUCAGAAAUUGCUUAAUUCUUGCAAUAACUUUUCACUCUGUUUGGCUCACCCCCUAUAGUAAAUGCUCUUAAUAAAUUAAUUGGACUACAGACUCAAUGCAGAAUAUAUCUUAACAUUCCCUUAGUAUAUUCUCCCUUCUGUCCUGGUUUAGUAACCCUUGAGGACCAAAGGUUUUGAAAAUUCCUUUCUAGCUGGUGUUCCUAAAACUUAGAAUUGUAGAUAUUGAAGAUCUUAACUUCAACUCCUAUGAUGGUUAGCCAGCCUUAAAUGGGCACCACAACCACUGCCAUCUGUUGUAGUGUUUUAUGGUGCCAGCAUGCUUCCGGUUCUGUGUCAAACCAUUUUGUAGUUGUUUGACACAAACAGAUGUUCCAUGAGGCCUGAGUGGCCAUGGCCCUUGUAUGGUCUAUUGCUAUUGCGGGAGUUACACCAGCCAGUAAAUGCAGGCCAAAUUAAGACUUGCUACGUAAAUAUGAGUUGUAGUUUUACAACAGCUGCAAGUGUGCCAGUUUGUACCCCUCUGUUUUAUACUAUAACAGUCCUGGCUUGAUUCCAUAACGAGGCACUGUAGUUGCCUCAUCUUAUUAAAGUGAAUAUAAUGUGUGGAGCACCCUGGUGCCAUCUUUCUAUUCAGCUAUAAAUUAUUUUCAAUAUUUUAAUGCUAAACGUGAAUCCCUAGCAGUCUACCCCCUGUGUUCUGCUAGGGCUAAUGAGAAAGCAUUAGCCUGUGCAGCAAUGGGUGGCUGUGAUUGUCUGAUUGUGUCAGCCAACUACAACACCUGGUGCUGGUAUGUGUGUAAUCUCCAGAAGGGGCUAUGUUAUGGGUGGCCAUGGACCCUUAUUUACUCUUAAACUGCUCGAAAAUGAUUUAACCCUGAAUGGAGGGACAGAGCCAGGGGAACCCUGGCACUAUAACCAAUUAAUAGGAUGUAGUAGCUGUAGUGCUUACAGUGUCCCUUAAAGGGACACUCUGAGCAACAUAACCGCUACACCCCCUUCUCAACCCUGUUGAUAAUAUAAAUUUACAUUUCUGAAUUAUCAAUGCCUGUUCCAUCUAACAUGGAUGGCGGAGGCUGGCUGAGAGUGCAAGGGGCAGGUUAGUGGGAUACACUAAUCUGUAGUGUACUUAGUUUAGCGUGUCCCUUUAAGGGAUUAAUAUGAGUUUGGACUGCAUGGAAUUAACAGAGCUGCUGAAAUGCUUAGGAAACAGUGUGCGCUGCCCUGUUCAUUAUCCACUUUCUAAUAAACACACGGGUUUAUUCACUACAGAAUUGUAAUUGCAAAAUUUAGACAUAAAUAGCUGAUUUUUAAACAUUGUCCAACUUGGCUGUUGUCUCAGAAUGGCUUUUUGUAGCCUGGAUUUUCAGUUCCCUUCAAUUUGUUACUACGUCAACUAACCUCGCAGGCUUCAUGAAGCAAUUAAAUGCUGUACCUUAUAUGUACAUAUCUGAACUUGUUUAAUGUGCUGCUCUGUUUUAAAGAAUAUUUAUACGAAGGCAUUUUAGACCCAUAUUAAGUCUACUACUUAAUUCUACUGUUACAAUGUGCGUAUAACAAAGUUGGCAGAAUUUUUUCUUUUUUUCUUUCCUGAACUAAUUUGUGAGCAGUCUUUAAGUAUUUCCUUUUAGAAUGAAAUUUUAUUAGUUCCUGGUACUUGAAAGUAAUUGCCUAUUAAUCCAUGAUCACAAAUAAUAUAGCGAAAGCAAUGUGUAUAGAUGUUCCCACGCCAGAUGUGUUUGUGUAAGCUAUGACUGUAAGCUUAGUGGAGCUGUGUCUGAAAUCUAGAACUAAUCCAUUGUGGAUCUUUCUGGUAAGGGAAGGGUGUGCUCUGUUAAUGCUAUUGUUCCCUUGGGUUCACCUGUUUUAAGAUUUUUUUUUUCUUUUUUUUUUUCAGUGGUGAUGCCAAAGAAUGGAGGAUGUAAAUGCAAUGCAUUGUAUGUCUUUCAAACAAAGGGCUUACUUAGGACACUUUGCCUAAGGCAAACAAAAUGCUGAUUUAGCAGUUUGUUUUCAGUACUAGUGAGUAAAGCAGGUUGUGUAAGAUUCACCUGCCCGUAUCAGUGUUUUUUAAAAUCACGCCGUAUUGCUGCUAAAAUCUCGCAUAUUCCAGGCAACUGUAGUUAUGGUUCCCAGACCCUCCAUGUUUCCCUGGAUUCGUAUCACUUUUUCAUGGAAGUGGGCAGCACAUGAAAAGUGAUGCCAUGAAGCAUGAGAAUUCAUUACUGCAGAAACAAAAUAAAUACUCCACGUGACUGCCUUGAUCAAUUAAAAUCCAUUCUGUGUUUUUUUUUUUUUUGUGGUAGACAUUUUCGUGUGUAAUCAGUGAUAUGUCCAGAACAACAUGGUGGAUCUGGUAUUUUUAACUGUGCAACACUGCCCCAGGAAGCACCUCCAGCAGCCAUCUGAGGAUUGGCCAGUGCAGGUAUCCCUAGGCUGUAAUGUAAACAUUGCAUUUUCUCUGAAAAGACAGUGUUUACAGCAAAAAGUCUGAAGUAAAUGAUUGUGCUCAACCGGAACAAAUUCAAUAAGCUGUAGUUGUUCUGGUGACUAUAGUGUCGCUUUAAGUCAAAUAGUGAAUGCCGUGGGUUUUUGUAUGACACAUCCUGCUUUAAAGCCCAAACAUUCUAUUGCAUUAUAUGAUUAGAUUCUAUUCUGUUACAUCAAGUUCCUUUGCAUUAUAUUACUGAGUUCCGGGGGUGUGGCCUGCGACCACAUGGAGUAGUCGCAAGGAAAGAGAGCUCUGCGAGCCACCGAGCUUAAAGCUACUCAGACGAGCCGACAAAGCGCCAAAAAAAAGAUUAUUUUGGGAGCUAACACGUCCCCGGACCCGAUGGCACCAUCCAAACAACUGAAAAUCACGGAUCCGAUCCGGUCCAACAAAAAAGAUUGCCCGCGGCAAAAACAAGAUGGCAAUGCAUUAAUCACAGACUCGUUGGACACAGGAAUUCUGGCAGUGGAAGAAACGGAGCAAAUCCCCCACGGGGAAUCCCCUGUCACAAACCAAAGCCUGCACAGCAUGAUGCAGGACCUAAAAGAGUCCUUAAGGUCGGACUUCAGACAAAUUACAAAAGAAAUCCGCAGAGACAUUCAGGAACUAGGGGAACGCACUAGCCGACUAGAGGCCAAAACAGAAGAAAUAUGUUCAGUCCACAAUGAUGUGGUAGACCAGCAACAAAAGUUAGAAGAAGAACAAAUAGCCCUAAAACUGAAAGUGGCAGAUAUGGAAGACAGGUCACGUAGAAAUAAUCUAAGAUUUCGGGGUAUAACGGAUGCAAUCUCCGUGGAAGCCCUCCCACAAUACUUACGAGCCCUAUGUACUACUCUGGUACCGCAGCGUGAAGCCGUGUCCUGGACACAGACUCCCCAGACCGUCCAGGUUCGCGGCGGACACGCUGAAAGAUGUCAAAGCCUGCUUCCACUAUUACAAGUCAAAGGAGGCACUACUGGCUGCAACGAGGAAGUUGGAUCAACUUCCAGACCCGUACCAGGGAAUCUGUAUAUACGCCGACUUAUCAGCGGCUACUAUGGCGAGAAGAUGGGAAUUUAUCAACGUGACCAAGACCCUACGCAAUCGCCAAAUACCGUACAGAUGGGGAUACCCAACUAAAUUAUUCAUCUGGUACAAAGGCAAAACGGAAGCAAUCCUUGAACCAGAAGUUGGAAUGGCGAAACUUAAAGAAUGGGGACUGCAUCACAACAUGGGACACAAUUCUCCUCAGAGAACACAGCUGAAAAAGAUGCGAACGGAAUGGACAAUGGUGGGGUCACCAUCAAGACCUGAUGCCCAGAAUGAAGACUGAACCUACAUAUCCAACAUGUCACCCCAGAGUUGAUCCAACCACUUAAGUAUUACUUGUCAUAAUGCACGCAGUGUAAUAUCUUGUUUGUUAGUUGUGCUAAAAUUGUCAGUAUAGUCUGUAAAAGUUAAGGAUAGCUCUAUAUUUUGCCAUUCAGUUAAAGGCGAUAAACGAAUAAUAUUAGCGAACCGAAAGUAACAUACUCUGUGCAUAUUUAAGUGGCGGCCCUGUAGGCUUAGGUCUAGUGAUGUAUUAAGAUGUGUUACGGUCCUCUAAAUACUGUGAAGUUAUGCUCCCUCAAAACAUGAAGGCUCAAAAACCUACAUUUCCAGUAGAGGCUUAAUGUCGGUGGAGACUUUCAACACCCCCCCCUGCCCAUAGUUGAGAGAAGGCAAUCUCCCAUAUGAGGCAGCCUAUAUCCCUGCGUACCAUGCAGGUGUACCUAUGUUCUUCCCCUUUUAGUUUAAAUUUUUGUUUAAUUCUUGUUUUGAUAUUGAUGUUAUUAUGCUUAGUGAUCUCUAUUGAAAUGAACCAUGCAUUGUCCCGCAGGCACGUACCAUGCGCUACUUGGUUUAGAAUUCACACACCUUACAUCCAACACCCGAUCAGCAGUAACACCCACCGAUAUGAGGGUAAGGCACUACACGAAUAUAAUGAGCAUUGGUAUAAGACGCUCACACCAAGCCCUGCUCACAAUACCGGAGGGGAUUGUGGUUCCCAGAGUUUUACUGCGAGAAUUCCAGGUUUAAACUACCAAAGCACACACACACUUAUACACUGACAUGGUGUUAGCAACGUUUAAAAUGUAUUCCCUAAAUGUGAAGGGUCUGAAUAGCCCACACAAAAGGAGGCUGCUUACCAAAGACAUGCAUAAAUCCGGAGCGGCAAUUAUCUGUCUCCAGGAGACGCAUCUGUGUGUCCGCAAACCACCCCAAAUCUACUCUAGUCACUACCCCCAGGCAUUUCAUGCUUACUCACCUCACAAAUCAAGGGGAGUCGCCAUUUUCUUUCACAAGGACUGGGUAUUCCAGGAAAUUGGAAGAUAUACAGACAAGGAAGGCAGACUGUUGAUCCUGGUAGGGAACCUAAAUGGGAUGGUGAUAACGAUCGUCUCAUUGUAUGCCCCAAAUGAGGCCCAAAUUGCUUUCACCCAAAAAUUCUGAAACAAAUCGCGAAACUGCGACAAGGUCACACGAUCAUUUGCGGAGACUUUAACUGCACCCUACACCCAGACCUAGACAUUAAAAGGGAACACAAUAAAACCCCUACCACACACGCAACCGCAAACUGUACUGAGUUAAGUAAAUUGUUGUUUAAUAACAACUUCUAUGAUGCCUGGAGAUCAAUGUACCAGAAAGAGAGAGACUAUACUUACUUCUCACAGGUACAUAGAAUGUAUUCGAGAAUUGACCUGUGCCUGAUUUAACGAGGGUAGCCUCGUUAACAUGGAUGAUAUACAGAUAGGACAAAGGACAUGGUCAGACCAUGCUCCGCUGCUUAUCAUCUUUAGGUCUCUUCACCAAGUAAGGGGCAGGGGCAAAUGGAGACUAAAUGAGGGCCUAUUAGACAACCCACAGGUGUUCAAUACCAUAUCUAGGGCAGCGUCCGAAUAUCCCAAUUCAAACUAUAUGGGUCGCACAUAAGGCGGUUUUGCGGGGCAUAUGUAUGAGAGGGGGCGAAACACAAAAAAAGUACAAACGACACUCAUAGGAAUCUACAGCAAGAACUGACAUCCCUAGAAAAGCAGAAAAAGUCCAACCCGUCCAAGACAGUGACAAAACAAAUUAAUGAUGUACAGAGGGAAUUGUACGCCCUAGAACUCUUAACUACUGAAAGAUGGCUGAGAGCCCUCAAAAUUAGAUUUUACACACAUGUGAACAAAGCAGGCAAGGCACUAGCCAAUAAAUUGAAAACCAAACAACUACAAACCAAAAUUCCUUACAUUGAAUCCACCACCAAGGGCCGACUUUACAACCCCUCAGAUAUUGCCAAUGAAUUAGCACACUAUUACGAUGAGCUAUACAAUCUAAAAAAAGAUCCCAAAAUACCACAUCCUAACGCUAGAAACAUUGAGGACUUUUUAAAAGACAUAACCCUACUGACACUUACACCUCAAACGUGUAAACAAUUAGACGACCCGUUCACAGAAGAUGAGAUCCGCAAAGCUAUUCUAUCCCUACCUAAGCACAUGGUGCCGGACCCAGACGGGUUAUGCAAUUAUUACUACCACAAACUAGAAUCAAUCCUGACACCUCAUCUUACCACACUAUUCAACGCUAUUAAAUAAUCAGGUAAUCUCCCAACGGAGAUGCUAGAAGCACACGUGGUCACCCUACCCAAGCCACCCAUAAAGUGUGAAAACUUUCGGCCUAUAUCCCUGCUAAACGCAGGCAUAAAGUUAUACGUGAAAUUGUGGGCAUCGAGAUUGAAGACCCACCUCACAGAUUUAAUUUCUAGAGAACAAGCAGGAUUUGUCCCUGGUAGACAAGCAGGGGAACAUUCCAGACACUUUAUCAAUUUAAUCAAUUGCGUCAAAACUAGCAAGCAAACAGGUGUAGUGCUAGCACUCGAUGCCGAAAAGGCAUUUGACCGCCUGGGCUGGACAUACAUGGAAGCUACACUACUAAAAAUGGGAUUCUCACAACAUACCCUAAGGGGAAUUAAGGCCUUGUACCAGUCUCCCUCAGCAAGAGUCUUUAACUCUGGAUUCCUUUCAGACAAAUUCCAUAUUAGCAAUGGCACACGUCAGGGAUGCCCAUUGUCCCCACUAUUAUUUUUACUAUGCUUAGAACCGCUCAUAUACCACAUUAAAACAAACCCUGGACACCCCAGUUGGGACCCACAAACUAGCUGUCUUUGCUGACGACGUGCUUGUGUUCCUUACAAACCCGGUGAAUUCCAUCCCAGCUUUGAUGAACCUACUCCUUUUAUAUGGUCAAGUAUCAUACUAUAAAAAUAACCUUAACCCCUUAAGGACACAACUUCUGGAAUAAAAGGGAAUCAUGACGGAAUAUUUCCGUCAUCUGUCCUUAAGGGGUUAAAAAGACGCAGGCACUACCUAUAGGCAUCCCACCCACGCACUACAGUCAGUCAAAUCACAGCACCCCUUCGAUUGGAGGAAAGUCUCCCUAAAAUACUUGGGAAUAAAUCUAACUAAAUCAACUGCCCAGUUGACCCAAGAAAACCAUAUCCUGCUAAUCCACAAAUUGCAGACACAAUUGGAUAAGUGUCAAAAUCUGGAAUAUCAUGGCUCGGGAGAGUGAACACCGUCAAAAUGAUGACACUACCCCAUGUCUUAUACUUAUUCCGCACCAUACCCAUAACAUUAUAUGACAAACUGUUACAUAGAUUUUAAGACAUAUUCAACGCAUACAUUUGGAAAAAGAAACCGCCAAGAAUAGCUAGACGACUAACUUGGCUAUCCCCAGAUAAAGGAGAGCUGGGCAUCCCAAACAUUAGAGCAUAUUAUAGAGCAGCAGCCCUAAUGCAAGGGCUGGAGAUCUUAUCACGUAGCAUUCCGCCAAUAUGGGCACCUCUCGAAAACGCAUGCAUCCACCCACAUACAAUAAAAUCCACUUUGCAAUCAUUUACGAUAUGGAAAACAAACAAAAUUAGACCCUUGAUCAGCACGAGUUUAUUAAUCAAUAGCUGAAGGAAAUGGGCAGGUCCACUCUUAGGUGUAAACAAUAUUAUAUUCUUUGCCCACAUACAAACAAUUUUGGAGCUCUCCGACAAUAUCAAUAUGGUACCAUGGCGGCAAAAAGGAAUCCUAGCAGUAGCACAGCUGUACACGGAAAAGGCUUAAAACCAUUCCCAGCUCUUCAGAGGGAGUUCGCACUCCCUGCUGGAGACGUGUUCACAUACAUUAGAACCAAACAUAUUCUCCAAACCCUUCAAACUCGCCAUUGCGAGGAAUCGCAACUAACGAGAUUUGGUUUACACUGCAUAGGGAAACGGCCACAAGCAAAACCCCUAUCCUUGUGCUAUACUUCCAUAAACGACAAGGACCCACUCCACAAACACAAAUAUAUGGAACUGUGGGAAUUAGAACUUAGCGUUAAUAUCCCCACCCCAACCUGGCUACAUGCAAUACAGACUACAAGACGGGCAUCCCAUAAUUUAUCACACUGAGAGGCAUAUUGAAAAAUUGUAAUGAGGUGGUACUUAGUGCCCACAAGACUAGCAAUUAUGUACCCAUCGGUGUCCCAUACCUGCUGGAGGUGUGACUUGCACAGGGGCACCAUGCUAUAUUUUCUGGAACUGCCCCCUAUUAAGAGGGUUCUGAGCAACACUAGGGGAAGCUAUCGAACUUGUAACGAAACGUAAAAUUCCAAGUACACCAGAAUGCUAUCUGCUUCAUCUGUCCCCAGAAUUGUUAUCAGACACUACUAGCUAUAUCCUUAUAAACCUGUUAACAGCUGCAAAAACUAGCAUAGCCAGUCAGUGGAAGAAGAAACACCCUCCCUCCCCCUCUGAGGUAUGGAACAGAUUGGACUCCAUAGCAGAUUAUGAAUUAAUUGCAUAUAGAAUGACUGGUCAAACAGAAAUAUAUGACAAAAGAUGGGCAAGCUGGCACACAUCCCGUACAGCAGUAAAAAACAUCAAAUACACCACCUAGUGGGCACAGGCAUAGUCCCGCACAACCUAUACCCAGUAAAUUACAGGACCAAAGGACAAAACUCCAUCCUAUCUUAGCUAUUAUAGACAUUUCAUCAAGAGUUCAUCUUAAGUAACAAGUUAGAACAUCUUUUUGUUUCUCCCUGCCCCCUACUACCCUAUCACAACUCCACAAAUCUAACAGGUGCAUGGCUCCAGCAUACAAAGCCGAACACACUAGAGAAGUUCUCAAACACCAUACAUUUCCGUUGUUAAAGGGAGGGCCAACCAACAAUACCAUCAAGGAUACCAUUUUACUAAUGUCUUAUCAAUAAUGCACGUCACACCUUCUCUACAUCAUAAACAGUAUAUAUUGUCUAGCAUCGAAUGUAUGAGAUUGUAAUAUUGCGAUUCGUAAAUUGUGAUGUGUAACAUGGAAAUAAGCACCCCCAAUCCCACUUUCCUUUCUGUAUCCCCAUUGUUCUUUUUACCAUGCAAAAACUCAAUAAAAAAAACAAACAUGGAAAAAAUAUUACUGAGUUCCGCUGUGGUGGUGGUAUUAUUAUUAUUAUUAUUAAACAAUGGCAGCUUAUUCUGUAUUGCUGUACGAAGGGGAUAAAUAAAGUAAAAUAAAUAUAUAAAAUUAUAAACAAAGUGUCAAUGUACUGACUGCUAUUCUACCAUUUUCUAUGAAUUUAGGAAAACACUAAUAAAGCUUAAUUACCAAAAUGUGAAUUGUCGUGAAAUGAAAACACGCCUAAAUUAGAGAAUAUUCCCAGUUUAGUUCUUUGGCUUAAAAUAUGAAAUAUGCUUUGUAUUUCUGCCAAGUCACAAUUUAAUAAAUAACCAAUGGAAAGCAAUAAAAUGCAUUUACUAAAGAGAGACAAAUCUCCCCAUUCAGUCAAAAUUUUUAGCAAAUCUAAGUCACCCGCCCCACCUGGAGUUAUUCCAAGGCCAUCUUUUCCUAUUUUAAAUUCACAGAGAUCUGCUUAUAUAGUUCUUGGUUGCUUGUUGCAUUAACAGCUUCCCAUUUUCUUGCUAUUAGUACAAUUACAGAGAUUUAAAAUUUGGAACAUUAGUUUUAAUAUAGAUUUGCCUGCAUGUGCUUUUAACAUACUAAAUAUAUCUUUUAUAAUUCAUUCAUAAACAAACCUAAGGAAUUAUUAUUAUUAUUUUUUUUUUAAUGGAAAUAAGUAUGUCAAACACUGAUGAAACUGUUCAAGCUGCUCUCUGCAGUGUAAUAAGGGAUUCCAAAUAUCCAGGCUGGGAUGUUCACCCCGGGAGGAAUGUAAUCACAGUGCUCGAGUUGGUUUCAUUGAUACUACAGAGAGAUUAUUCUGCUAAAUAGGUGUUUAGCGGUGUCUACAUUAUGCUGUAUUUAAAUCUAAUAUUCUAUGUAACAACUUAAAGUAAACGGGAGAGUAUGCUGUUCUCUUGAUUAGGUCAUUUCUGUUCGCUACACAUCACCACCAAGUAACUCUUUCUAGAUUCUGAUUUACAACUUCCAUUAUGAAGGCUUCCCUGCUGAACCAAAUCCAGUGGGACAGUACUGAUUCUGGGCUCCCGUCAUGCCAUCCUGAAUUUGUUCCCUAGUCCCGCAUUUAUGGACAUCAGGAAACUGUAGCCAAAAAGCAUAGCGCAAGAGUAUCAUGAGACAUACUCACGCUACCCUAAUGACAUCAGGAUUCUGUAGGAGUGUUCUGCGCAUGCUCAGUUCUAUGGGCCCAGCCAUUGUGGCAAUGGUGAAUGCACACCAGGCUGACCUGUCUCUUCUUUGAGCUGAUCCCUCUCUGCCCCCUUUCUCCUUGUGUUUGCAUUAUGCUCAGUUACUGUGUGACUUAGGAUUUGUAUUUUAUAUAUUGUUUGGGGACCUGUAUAAAGGACACUUUAACCAUGUAGGGAGCACAUCGGCCACACUCUCUGUAUGGUUCGGAAGACUAGGGCCCUCCCCUGCAGCCUUUCAGUGGGUUGACCCGCCAUUAUUUUGGAUGAGUCGGCCCAUUAUGGGCAUCCCUUGGGCCCCACCCACCCCACCCAUUAUGGGCUUCCCUUACGGCCCUGCCCAUUAUGGGCAUCCUUUAGGGCCUCCCCCACCCCAUCUGUUAUGGGCAUCCCUUAGGGCCCUGCCUAUUAUGGGCAUCCCAUAGGGCCUUGCCCACCCCACUAAUUAUGGGAAUCCCAUAGGGCCACACCCACCCUUCUCACCCCACCCAUUAUGGGCAUCUCUUGGGGCCCCGCCCACCCCCAACCAUUAUGGUCAUCCCUUAGGGCCCCACCCAUUAUGGGCAUUCCUUAGGCUGGCCAUCCCAAAUAAAUACCACAUCCGGAUAGUUGGGUGGUAUGAAGAGAAUUAGCUUAUAUUAUAAUUUCCUCAUUCUUUUAAUGCAAAAACAUGUAUUACUCUGGGUUAUUCAUUAUAGUGUGAACCAUGCAUUCAAAUUAAAUAACAAUGUUUAGACCAACAAAGGAAACUGGAGAAAUUAUCCAAAUCAGUAUUGUUUUCAGUUUGGCUAUUUUGACUUAAAAGUUGAAAUUCACUCUUUUAUUUUCCAAUAAAUCACACUUCAUUUAAUAAACCAGUAUGGUUGUAAAUGAGUCUUAAGGCUUUUAUAAUUUAGCAUGAUUAAAAUGAAAAAAGUUUUUUAGGGGAAAAAAAACACAAAACAGUUUUGCCUAUUCUAAUUUAUAGACAAUUAGCGCAGCUAAAUACAAAUACCUACAUAAAAACUGAUCAGUUUGUCCUGAUUUGAGGGAUAUGACAUGCAUUGGAUGUUUUACAGUAACAGAUUAAUAUACCAUAAGGACUGCAUUCCUGUUUCAAAGCGCAAAGUUUUACAGCGUUAUUUACUAAGUAGAGAGAAAUGGUGGGACUUCCUGACAAUUCUGAAUGAAUAAAACAGUUAGUGGCACUCUACUAACCAGUCGAACUGAGCAGAGCUGAUGACAUCAAUCAAUACUGUCCAAUCUUAAUAGUGACGGACCAAAGGAUGUCUUAACACUCUCUAUUUAAUUAUAGCCAAACGUCUACUCCACCAGAAUAAUAAAUAAGUUACUGCUGUUCUCCUGUAGUGUAUAACAAUGAUUCUACCGUGUACCAAAUAAUUUCCCCUUGUGAAUAAUUUUGUUUUCUCUUUUACAAAAGUUCUUAAAUGCUUUUCUCAAAGGAUUUGCUAUGAAAUACAGUAAACAAACCUCAGGUGUGAAAGCCAUAAUAAAGGUGCCUUUGAACUGCUUUAGUUCCCAAAUAGAAUAAAAUGAUUGCAGUUGACACUGUCUGGGAGGCUUAGGUCACAUGUGCCAAGGGUGCAAAUAGCCCCAGAUACAAAAGUGCAGAAUUUCAAUCAGAAUUGCUGCAUGUGCAGACUCCAACCACCAUCACCACUUCAAAUAAUUGAAGUGGUGAUGGUGAUUGGAGUAACCCUUUAAACUGUUAAAUAAGAAUAGGAACAUUCCUUUAACAUUAAGGUCCAUUUUUCAAGGCAAAAUUAUUAGUAUUCUGGGAAUACAUCAUGGGAGGAUAUUAUUAUGGUUUUAAAGAUGUGCUCACAUUUUGCUACCCAGGGACAGGGUGACUCCAGACUUGGGAGUUGUGGUAGGACCUUGAAAUGUCAUUGUUUUUUUUUUUGUUUUUUUUUUAAAUCAGUAUAAGCCUAAUUAUUUUACAGGGAUUCUUUGGUAGUGCUGUAUCUUGUAAAACUAUUUAUUAGACUAAUCUAUUUUUUUUUAUAUUAAGCAUCUUACUGUUUUUAUUUUAUUUUUUUGUGAUGGUUCCUGACAUUUGAGUCACCCUAUGUGAUGGCGAAAAAACCCCAACCCAAAACAAGACAAAAUUAUAACUUAAAAUGUGCCAGUCUCAAUUGGAAUGCCAAGGAAAAGGCAGUUUAAUUGCAAGUUAUGAUAGCUGAAUGUUUAUAAAUUAAUAUAUUAUUUUUAACAUGUAGCAUCAUUUCUAACCUUAGUACCAUCUUGCACAUAAAAUAAUUGACUGACUGGUCUCAUGAUUCAUUGUUUCAUAAUAUAAUUAGAUGCACUGCAAACCCCUUGCAUCAUUAUUCACCUUUUAGACUGAAGCAAUUCCCUGUUCUCCUUCAGACAUUAAAUUAGACAAUUUCCCUUGAGGUUUGCAUCCAGCUGCUGUCCCACACGUUCCACCACAUGACAAAACACUAUAGAUUUUAACUUUCCUUUAUAGUCACACUUCAGAUACACAAUUUGUCAAAAAGAUUGUAAAGAUGUCACCUCAAGGACCACUGUCUCCAGUAUCUCUAAUCGAUUGGAACUAUUGUUGACAGUUGUACCCCCAGUCCAAGUCAUAUGUCAAGGGGGUGAGCACAGUUAGAAUAAUCCUGUGUAUAUCUGCAGAGAUACACAUUUGUUUUACUGCACAUUGGGAACAAACAUAUUUUAAUAUUUGUGAUUCUACGACACAUGCAAAAGUUAAAUUAAAAUGUUUAAAAUAGAACGUAACCUAAAAUACUGUGCUAUUACAAACUGUUUUUUCUGCCUAUUUAAACUGUCUACCUCGUGAUCUGCCCUUUUUUUUUCUUAAAUGGCAGAUCAUGUUUUAGAAUGCCUGUGAGGGUAUAUGGCUUAUUUUAUAUUGGCUUAAAAUAGCUGCAGAUGAAGUAUCUGCAGCUACUGCAAUCCCUUUUCUUCCCCUGCUCAGACUUUCUGUGGCUGUCCAAUCACAGACUUCCCAAAUGCAACUCAAUGAAAAGUCUUUGCAAGGCAGGUGCUCAGGGUUUGUGUUGGGAGAGUUCCUUUAACAAGUGUACUCUAUAUACAAACAUGUAUUCCUGACACUAUGCUUCUAAUACCACUGCUUAGGUGGUUGACCCCCUUACCAUGCUCUGCCCCAGACUUCUUGGCUGACAUCAUCAGAAUUGAUGACCUCCGCUAAUCACAAUUCUUUCCCAUAGAAAAGCAUUGGAUUGGCUGAGAUUGUCAAUUCUGAUUAUCUCCGCUAAGGAGGCGUUACGGGGUGAAGUUAAACGUUGUCCUGGCCAAUCACCAUCUCUUCAUAGAGAUGCAUUGAAUCAAUGCAACUCUAUUGGGAAAGUUCAGCGUCUCAGAGGACGGAGACACAAAAUGUCCGUGCUGCACACUGUUGCACCCUGCCCCAGGAAGCACCUCUAGUGGCUAAUUGAGGAGUGGCCCCUAGAGGUGUUACUAGGCUGUAAUGUAAACACUGCCUUUUCUGUGAUACCAGAGAAAAACACAAUAUUCCUAAAUCAGGACUACUUUUAUUUAAAAUGGGAACUUAUGCAUUUCAUCAGCAGGAAUACGUUGAUUUCACAUACUUGUCUGCAUUCUAUUUGAUCAACCCACAUGCAUUAAUAUGGUUUUCUAAAUUGCCUAUGCUGCAAACAUCAAGAACCGGAACGUGACACUUCCUUUUUAAGCAUUGCAGUACAUUAGAUAAUGUUAAUUUAGAUAACCUUAAGUUUACAAUGCCAUAGACUAACUACAGUCUAUUGUAUGACUCUUGUCGAGUCACUUCCUCUCGUAGUAACAGAUAUCCUCAUGUUCACAGUUUGUUGUCCGCACAUCGAGACCAGAAUUGCUUUGCAGGCGAAAGAAAACUUUAGGUCACAAAGAAUUCUAAAAAUAUAGGAAGCCAGAAGCCAUUGGAAAACUUCCUAAGGGAUAGAUGCCAUAGCAUUAUCUGCAAUUGGGAGUUUAACAGCAAGAUUUUUGUUUUAUUAGUUUUUAUAUUUGAUUUUAAUAUUAUUACGUUCAAGCUUUUUAUUUUUUAUUUAUUGAGGCAGUAGAAAAGAAUGGAACAUAUAUAAAACGGCAGAGUACAAUCAGGAUGUUUACUUUGGAGGAUAGCUACAGUCACGAGAUUAUUCCCAAAUCUAUAAAAUGAUUGGCCAGCAUUCAGCAACCGGGAAACCGAUCCAACAUAACUGGAUCCAUGCUAGCCCUACCGUCUUCUCUGCUUCAAUCCACAUUAUCCCAUAUUUUUUGUAUUGACUGGCAGGAAUCCUUAUCCUAUUAAGUUAAGUGUAUCUCAAAGAUGCAGUUGAUAUAUCUGCGGUAAUAAAAAGCCCGCUAGACAAUGCAUAAUAGCUUUUCUUGACGAGUAGGUAAAGGGAACAAUUUGUUGAAUUUCAAGUAUCUGAGAUGAUGUCAGUCACUUCCAGGUAACUGCAAUAUUUAUAAGGUCACUUUAUUUUGUGUCUAUACUGAUAAAAUCACAGCUAGGUGUGUUGUUGGCGGUAUGGAAAUAAUAUGAGAAUUAGGUACAAUAUUGACGGAAAACUAUAUAAUUUUAGGCAGAAGUGACACUAUGGUCUACUGCAUAGUUAAGGAUAUAGGGAUGAAGUUAGGGACAAGUACAACAUCAGCAUGAGAUAAUAGCAGCCAAGUGGUUAGUAUUCCAACUGUAGUUUCUUAGAUUUGCAGGUUCCAUACUUUGUAAGGAAAACUCACUUUAUCCUCUUUGGUAAUUACUAAACAGCAGAGCAUCUUUCUCUGUAUGAUUUGUAUGAAGUCAAUAUGGUGGUUGCCCUCACUGAGAAAGGUGAUUGUUGAAAGUGGUUUGAGAAUUCCUUCUUUUAGAUGAUCUCCUGACUAUUCCAUUUACACUUUUUUUUUUCUUUUCAGGUUUGGGAUUCAAUAUUGUUGGAGGCACAGAUCAGCAAUACGUCUCGCAGGACAGUGGAAUCUACGUCAGCAGCAUUAAAGAAAAGGGGGCAGCUGCUAUUGAUGGUCGUCUUCAGGAAGGAGAUCGGAUAUUAGAGGUGAGAUGUAAUCUGCUGGAUGGAUUCUUUUCUUCAUUCUCACUUGUGGUCUGAGAAAAACUAAUCUCAGACUCCUUUGCAUCUAUCUUACAAUUUAGAGGUUUUUUUUGUUUUCUUUUCAAACCAUAGGACACACCCUAGCUCAUAACGAGGUACACUAUUCUAUGUGCCUGGAUGAGCCGGGCAUAACUUUAGGUGGAGCAGAUGUCUGGUUUGAAAUGAACCUCAUCAAUUUAACUUGCAUUUUUGUCAUGCAUUCUUGGUUUUUAUAAUACAUGUCUUCAUUUCUAGCUGUAUAUUACUAGGAAUUUGUCCUGCGAUAAUGAAAAACGUGGUGUGUAUUGGAUGCGGGUAGUCCAGAUCGGUCUCCUGUAACCAUAACCCACCAGACCUCUAACCUUUAUUCAAAGUGAGCCAAGUAUCACUGUAACAUGCAGAUAGAGAUCAGAGACGUACGAAGAAGAGUAAAGUUUUAGAGCAGGGGUAGGUAACCUUUUAGCAGCACUGUGCUGAUAUAGGAUUGUGAUGUCCCGUAGCAUGCCAAUCCUAUUUUUUUAAAAUUAUAGUGUGUAUACUGCUGUAUUCUGCUUGUUAUUUUUACUGUAAUUGCUUUGCAUCGUUGUAUUUGUGCGUAUAUGAGAUAGUUUAUUGUAUAUGUUCAUUAGUAGUUUAUGGUAUCGUUUAUGAUACACAUGAAUGUGGGCUGUGUAUGAAGGCUGCUUGUGGAAUUGUGUGUGGAUGGAUAUGUCAUAUUGUGUGUUUGGUAGUGUGUGGGGGCUGUUUGGGGUAUUGCAUGUGAGAGGCUGCAUGUGGGAUUGUGUGCAUGUAUGUGGAUUGUUAGUGGUGUUGCGUUAGUGGGGAUUGUGUGUAUGUUUGUGUGUGGGCUGUUUGUAUUAUUUGUAUGAGGGGAGGCUUAUUCUGCAGGUCUGUGUAUAUCUAGCAGUGUGAGUGGCUUCCCUGGGUUCCAGUGGGGACCAGGCUGGCCAGGUACAGGUCAAGGACAGGAGCUGCAACAGCAGCUGCAGGCUGCUCUACUACAGUGCUGGGAGGAACUGAUCUGAGGUCACUUCCUCUACGUUCUGCAAUGCAUAAAUUGAGGAUUUUCCUUCACCACAUUUUUGUAUUAGCAGAUAUCUAAAGUUUUACUGGGACUCCUGACAGGCCAGAGCCUCUUUGGCUCUAGCAGCCUUGAGUGCCGUGGAAAGACACCUCGAGUGCCGUAGGUUGCCUACCCGUUUUAGAGAAAACACUUUAUUUUUUUUCAUGUCUUCAUUUUGUUGAUUUAGGUGCUUUACAAUUCUUGGCAUCUUAUUUUCAAGAUAAUCUAUGGUUAGUAUUCCGGUUAAAAAUUACAUUUUUGGACACUUAACAAACGCCUAAAACGCUUUCAGGUGUAAUGUUGCCAAACAGGAUAUAACCAUAUGACUCUUCUCACAAGAUGUAGAUCUAAUAGGAGAAAAGAAUAACAAUGAGCAAAGUAGCAGGGGGAUUACUGGUUAUUAGGAUUGCUGGGCAUAACAUACAACCACAUUAGCUAGGUAGAAAUACCGAGAAAUAAGUAUUCCAGGAGCUGUUAGCUCUAGCCAUGGUCAAAUAAGUUGGAAAAGUCUAGUCAUUUCAACUCAAAUUCCAGAAAGCACAGUAACACAAUGGACAUGCACUCUUGACCUGUAAAUAUCACAAUAGUGUGCUGGAGUGAGUGUGGAAAGUGCACAUUUAAUUGUGUGUUUACAAUAUGGCUGCACCGUAAAAUUUGCGUGCCUGCGCAAUGGUGGUGAGAAGUAUUUUGCUUCAUUAUUAGCGAGACUCUGCACAUACAGUGGGACAUCAAGUGAGUUGGCAUUGACGGAGGUACAUGUAGAAACCAUGGCUCACACAAGGGGAUUGUUAUUUUCGAACUGCAACUGCAUGAUUUAACCACUAAUAUACUAUUUGUUUUUUCUUCUCAGGUUAAUGGUAUCAAGUUAGACAAUCUUUUGCACGGUGAUGCGGUGAAUCUGUUCAGGAACGCUGGUGAACAUGUGGUGUUAAAAGUUCUUCACAAGGUCAGCAACCUGAGUCCAAAUAUCUGCUGUAUAUUCUAGAACGUCUUCUAUUCUUUUCUAUUCUCAUGUAAAAGUAUCAUGGUGUAUUCUUCUUUUAACAUCAACCCGGUGGACAAGAUAAUGAAAUUUUUUUAGUGUCUGUAAAUGCUGCAUGUCCCAUUUGGCAUUGCAAGAAGAAAAUAAUAAUUUUAGUUUAUCUUCAUUUUAAUUAAUCACUUUUUCUACUUGUCUGGAACCUUUUUUCUUCAUGUCGUAAUUCAAAGUGAAUUUGAAACUCAAGGCCUCAAUAGCCAAACUGUAAACGGAGUUGAGCUGUGUAAUUUUUCCAAUUUAUCUAUUUACCUUACAUUUUUAAAUUCCCUUUGAAUUCCCAACAAUUCUCUCUUUAGUAGUAACCAUGUCAGUAAAUCUUGAUAGUGUAGCGUGUCAUGUUUAUGCUAUACCAGCAGAGGUUGUUCUCCUAUUAGAAUUGGGGAAUCCCUUCAUUCAGUGGGAGACAGUUUGUUGGCUGUGUGAUCACUGCUACAAGAGCUAAAUUGGGUCUGUAACAAUCUGUCACAGAGCAGACUAUGUAGAUCAGAUUGAAUAAAGGUUCCGUCAUCUCAUGCAAUCUUGUAUUUAAACAAAAUAAGGCAGCACUUUCCAUAUGUAUUCCUUAUGUAUGUCCCAGUGCUAUGUAAGAGCAAGUCCAGGUACUCAUACUAACCGGACAUAAUUGAAAGAAUAAUUGUAAAGAGAGCUGUGUGUGAAAAACAAGUUGCAAUAAUGAUAAAACUCUAAGGGGUUAAUGCACUAAACACCAAAUUGUAUUUUAAACUGAAUUGCUAAUUCAAGCACAAAAUCGUUUCCUCUAUUUUGGGUUGUAGUGUGGGCUUAACUUUUUUUUUUUUUUUUCAAUUUGACAAUUUUUAUUAAUUUUUUCAGGGGUACAGAAAAGAAGCGGGGGUGAUGAGGGAAAAUAAAGUACUUAUUACAUUACUGUGAGAUCAUCUUAUACAUUUACUGUUAGUCUAGUACAUUGUGCAUUAUUCCACAUUGCCUCCACAAUAAUGAAUAGUUUACCAGUUGUGGGGGGGGGAGGGAAAGGGGGGUGGUACAGAAAAAAAGGUAGGUAAGAGGGGGUUAGGUUAGGGGGGAAUAUAUCUGAACAUUCUCAUAUCCUGUGUGACAUUGUAUAAUAAACCUAGUGUCCUUUACCUUCACACGUGUUAUGCCUGAGCAAUCCCUCAUCAUUUCUACUGCUGUAUGGGCCCUCCUAGAGAUUGUCUGCUCUCGUGGUCAUGUGUAUAGGUACACCCUCUCCCUACCCUCUAAAACUAUAUACAGGUAGGUAACUGUGCUCAACUAGGGUGGUGGUCAGUCUCCUCCGACCAUGUGUAGCGCCAUCCCCCUGUGGGGGUAUUUAAUUUCAAGAACCAAUUGUCCCUUUUCUAAUUCCCAAUUCGCCUCUUUUACCAGGUGACUUGUUCCGUUUGGUUAUUGGUUUGUUUAUUUAUUUUUAUUAUUUAAUAUUUUCGACAAUUUCCAAGCCCAUCUGUGCUAUUUAGUCCCUUUUCGUACACCAAAUUCAGGGAUAUUUGCUGGAUGAGGGCCUCCCUAGUUGGUGCCUGAACCUGUUUCCAUGCUCUUGCUAUGAGGAUAUCAGCCGCUAUCAGUAUAUGGUAUAAUAAGCGGGAGUCUAUUUUGUUGAAUUCCUCUAGCCCCAUGAACAGGAGUCCACACUCCGGUGAUAUCUUAGGUUUCCUGUCUAGGACCAAUCCUGCUAUAUUUCCUACUUCCCUCCCAGUAUUUGGCUAUCUUUGGGCACAUCCACCAUAUGUGGUACAUUGUCCCCCUGCUCUCCUGACACCUCCAACAUACGUCAGAUGUGUUUUUGAUAGAUUUUUGCCAACCUCUCCGGCACCAUGUACCAGCGGUAUUGGAUUUUUGCACAUCUGCUCCAGGUGGGAGGCGCAGGUUGUCCGUGCUUUGUGUGCCAAGAAUGCUUUUUCCCCACUGCUGUUUAGUGAAAGUUUUGCCCAUGUCUUCCUGCCAUGCUAACAUGAAGCUGUCUGGGAGGUAUGCAUGUGGUUGGAUCAACAUGUUAUAAAGGGAGGAGAGCAGCCCCUAAGGCUGUGCCGUGGACGUGCACAUCUGUUCGAUGUGUUUGGCACUAAACGUUUCAGUUCGGCCCUUAGAUUCCUGUAGCAUGGGUUUUAGUUGGAGGUAUUGGAAAAUUGUGUUGUGUGGCAGAGAAUAUUUGCGUUGUAUGUCUGGGAAGUCGAUUAUUUUGUCGCUGUCAUACAAAUGGCUAACCCGGGUGCAUCCCUGUUGUGUCCAGGGGCGGUAGUCAAAAGCAGGGUUUGUUAAAUACAGGCUGUACAAGGGAGCUACUCUCGCCCAGCCCCCGUCCUGUCCUCAAUUUUGUCUGGCUGCAUCCCAUAUUUUAAAUAAGAGUCGGGUGGUGGGUGCCACAUCUUGGUGCACCUUUCUAUGUUUGUGAGGUACCCAAAAAAAAUUUCUCAGACCCCUGGGGCAUGCCCAGAAUGACUCCAUCUCCACCCAUUGCGGCACCUCCUGCAGGGCGUGAGCCUGAAUCAUAAUGGCCAGGAUAGCUGCCCUGUAGUAUUGUCUAACAUCCGGAAUCCCCAGGCCUCCCUUCGCCUGCACAGCACCUUCGCUGCCACUCUGACCUUUUAGGUGCGCCUAUAUAAAGCUCGUGAAGCAUUUUUGUAGGUUGUCUAAGUUUUUGGUAGGUGGAUUUGUAGGGUCCUUGUUAAAUAUUGGAAUUUCGGCAGCAGGACCAUUUUCACUGCGGCCAGUCUGCCCAUCCACGACAAACAUUUCCCCUCCUACCCCAUAAAGGUUUCUGCCAGACUUCGUAGCCACGGGUCAUAAUUUGCCUCUAUGACGUUAGUCGGGUUUUUUGUGAGUUUUAUCCCUAAAAAUGUUAAGUGGUCCUGUCUCCAGUCAAGUGUAAACGAUCUGUAUAGGGGCUCCAUUACGCUAUUCAGGACUCCCACUCCCAUGGCUUGUGUUUUGGUUAUGUUGAGUUUGUAGUAUGAGUGAUUUCCGUAUGUGGUUAUCUCUUUUAGCAGAUAGGGGAGGGAGAUUUGGGGUUGUGUGAGUGUCAGCAGAACGUUAUCUGCAAAUAAGUUGGUGAUGUAUUACCGUUUGUUUGUAAUGCCAUGUAUGUUCGGGUUGUCUCUGAGCUUCACCGCCAGGGCUCCAAGGCUAGGACAUAGAGCAGGGGGUAAAGAGGGCACCCCUGUCUAGUGCCAUUCGUCAGUCGGAUUGGCUCGGAUAGGAACCCCAAGUUGAGUACUUGAGCCCCCGGCGAGCUAUAUAGGGCCUCCACCACCGACACAAACCCUUCUGAGAUAUCGAAUUUGUGGAGCACUUCACACAGAAAUUGCCAAUGCAGGCGAUCAAAGGCCUUCUCUGCAUCUAAGGAGACCAGCAGUCCCCCCUUGUGCUCUUUUGGGGAGACAAUGUAAAAUGUUUAGUACCUUCCUGGUAUUGUCUGACCCCUGCCUGCCUUUGACAAAGCCUACUUGGUCGCUGUGGAUGAUGGUUGGCAGUAAUGCCCCCAGGCGGCGAGCAUAGAGUUUGGAUAAGAUUUUGGCGUCAGUAUUAAGCAGUGAUCUGGGUCUGAAGUUCUGUAGUAGUGUGGGUGGUUUCCCUGGUUUAGGCAGUGUGACUAUGUGUGCGGUCAGCGUUUCUGAGUGUAGGGUUUUGUGCAUAAUGGCCUGUGUGUAAGCUUUGACUAGGUGUGGUGCCAGGGUCUUGCUGAACUUUUUAUAGUAUGUGUUGUCUAACCCAUCUGGUCCUGGGGCCUUGCCUGCCGGCAAGGUCUUCAGUACCACUAUUAUUUCCUCCUCACUUAUUGGUUUUGUUAGUUCUAUCUGUUGCUGGUCAGUGAGUCUGGGCAGUUGUAUGUCUCUUAGGUAUGCCUGCAUUUCUUUCUCUACUGGUUUAGGGGGGUGGCAGGGUCUAGUUUCAGGUUGUACAAUUUUGCAUAGUAGUGUGCAAACUCGUCACUUAUGGCUUUCGGUGUAGUGAGUUUUAAUCCUGCGUGUGAGGUGAGGUAGGAGAACUUUUGCGAGGCCUGUCUGGCCCGAAGUCUUUGCGCUAGCAGUUUGCUGGCCUUAUUACCCUGGGUAUAUUGAUUCUGUCUCAGCCGUUUCAGGUUGUAUUCUGUGUGUUCCAGGGCUUGUUGGUGUAGGCUUCUAUUGAUUUGUAUUAUGCGCUGGCACCUAUCAUCAGUGGGAGAGAUUUGAUUCUGGAGAUUUGUCAUAAAGUUCUUUGUGUAGUUUUUUUGUGCCUGUUUGCGGAGGUACGAAGCCCGCCUUAUCAGCAGUCCCCUCACCACCGGCUUGUGGGCCUUCCAGACCGUUGUGGGUGUGACGUCUGGCGUCACGUUGUCCACAAAGUACUGUUCUAGUUGUGUGGUCAGUUCUGCCACGAACUGCGGGUUGAGAAGGAGGAAAUAGUUGAUUCUCCAGGGGCUGCGGUGCUUAAAGUCGUAGAGAUUUUGCAUUUCCAGGAGUACCGGCGCGUGGUCCGACCAUGUGAUGUAUUCUAUGUUACAGGUCUUGAUUUGAUUUAGGUGGGAACCCAGGAUGACAAAUUAAUCUAUCCUAGAAUAGGUAUUCUGUACGGAUGAGAAGUGUGUGUAUGCCUUCUCGCGGGGUGUGUAAUCUCCAUGUGUCGUAGUAGUGGUAGGAGUGCAACAGGUACUGGAGGGCCUUGCCCUGGCGUCUGAGGGUCUUGUAUCUACCGCUAGAUCGAUGUAUGGUCGUGUCCAUGGUCGUGUCAAAAAUGUGGUUGAAGUCCCCACAAAUUAGUGUAAUGCCCUGUUGUAUAGGCGACAAGGUUUGAAAUAUUUUGUGUAAGAAGUUCCUUUGGUUUUGAUUGGGUGCAUAAAUGUUUGCAAUUGUGUAUAUCAUGUCGUUGAUCGUUCCCACGAUCACCACAUAUCGACCAAUAGGAUCUAUGUGCUGUGAAUGCAGGGAGAAGGAAACAUGUCUACUCAGCAAGAUAGAGGUGCCCUUGGCUUUAGUCGGGGAAGUGGAAUGAAACUGGUGUGGAUAGUCCACAGCCAGGAUCGCAGGGUGGUCAUUGGUUCGGAAGUAGGUCUCCUGUAAGCAGACCACUUCUGCACCUUGCUUCUUGAGUUCACGGUGCAGUAAGUGUCUUUUUGCUGGGACAUUCAGUCCCCUUACAUUAUGUGUGUAAAUUUUCAUGUAGGGUCGGACAUGAAAGGUUGUGCGGUGUAUUGUGAGUGGUUGUCUCAGGCGGGGUGGCUCACUCCUCCCAGUGCUAUCAAGCAGAGCUGGCUGACCCCUGGGGUCUUUGAAACCCUCCCACAGGCGCAUUGGUAGAAACUUGGUCGCAAGCACACUCGCCCCCUUGUGGACGCGCGCUGUCUGCAUUGUUCGGGAAUGGGACCACCCACUCGGUCCGCAACAGAGUCUCCAGCGGACCAUGCGGUGAGCCAUGAUUCGCUGGGUAAAACAACAUGAAAGUAUGUACAGAAAUAAACCAUGCCCUUUUUGUGGCUAGGCACUUCAUCCAAGUGCCGUGGGGGUAGAAACUUUGUUUCCCUUUGUGGGAAAGGUGUCGGGGGCAUUUGUGUUACCCCACCCGGGGAUCUCAGCCCCUUUGUUCCACAGAUCCCUCUCUUGUCCCUCCAAGCGCUUUUGUCUUUCCCCAAAUAGUUUAACAAAUAAUAUUGAACCUUAGUUGGUCAUGAACAGGUGCUCCAUACCAAAAUGUGGGUCCAAUCAAGAAACAUUCACAUUAGCAUACAUAUUAGCUUAAUACUGCUUCUCAAUAUAGCUUCUUUUAUAUGGUAGUAGUGUAUGUGCACCAGGAUAUCCCUUGGGGCGUCUGGCGGCAUGAACCUGGGCCUUGCCGUUCUGUGGAUGUGGUUGAAGAGGAGCAUGCCUUGUGGGAUGUCUGGCACUAGUGCUCGGAGGUAGGCCGUGACAUGUGCUGCCAUAUCAUUUAGGCCCACUGUUUCAGCCACCCCUCUCAGCCGCAGGUUGUUUCGGCGGCUUCUGUCCUCCAUGUCAUCUAGUUUUACAUCUUGUGCUGCAAUGCGCUCUGCCAUCUGUGCCAGCCUGUCUGCUAGGUCAUUGUGUGCUACCUCAGGAUCGGCUAUUUUCUCCUCCACCCGUGAGGUUCUAGAGCCGAGAUUUCAUUUAGCAUUUCUUGCAUUAUUGCCUGAGUCAGAGGCACCUGGUUGCUGGAUGCACAGGCAGUCGACUCUUGGAUGUCGUCGGCGCCAUCUUGGUUUCUCGGUGUUGAUUUUGUUUUGGGGCGAAGAACUGCGCCUUUUCUGUCUUCUCUGCAUGUCUCUUCGCUUUAGGGUGAGACAUCUUGGCUGUAAUGAUCUUUGGAUGCCGUUUUCUUGUGGGACAAAUGCACAGUUUAGGCCUUUUUGCACAGAGCUGCAGUUACAUGUGGCUGUUCUCGCUGGUGUCCAGGCCACGCCCCCUGGCUUAACUAUUUUAACCUCUGUUUAGUUAUGUCUGCUUUUAAAUGUUAAAAGGAAAAAACAAAAAUCAGAAUAGUGGGGAAAAAAAAAACCCCUUCUAUUUACACGAUUCACUUGACUACUCGCCCUAAAUAAAGAUCUAAUUACCUAAAAGAUAAAAAAGAAAAGUAAAAUUUUUUUCUUAUUUCCUCCAUUCCACCACUAAUCUCCCUCUAUGAACAUUUGGGGAAAAAAGGUCACGUGUAGUGUAGUGAGCUGUGCAAUCAAAGUCCUAGAUCUCAACGACUGUGGCACACCUGUAAUACUCUGGUCAUGGCGUAAUGGACCAGUUUUUCUCCUAGCUAGACUUUAUAUUAUUUUUGCCCCAGCACGCUUUGUUUAUUUUUUACUCCCAUUUAUCAAGUAUUUCCUCCCUCCCUUCUCCUUCACGUACAUGUUGUAAAUAUUUCCAACCAUUGUGUCCCCCAUUUCAGGCUAUAAUGAAGUACAAAAAAAAUCAUAAUCCAACAUCAACUGUUCCUGUGCAUCAAUUUGUCUUGUUGCAGAUACACGUCUGUCAGUCCACAUACUGUACAGCGCUACGGAAUUUGUUGGCGUCUUAUAAAUAAUAUUAAUAAUCUUUGAAACUUUUAUUAUAGGAACCAUAGAUAGGUAAUGUGAUGUUUUCUGCCAAUUCAACACGGGAAAACUGUUCCUGUGUUCCAAAAAUAACUAUGAUAUUGCUUGAACCCAUCUGUGCCAAAAUUACUCCCAAACAAAAUCUGAAUCAUAGCCGUAGAAACCGGUUUUCUGCUCCAUGUAGGAAUUCUAAACAUAGCCGAGCAGAUGUGGACAAGUUGGCUGUGUUCUCUGAGUCAAACACAAGCUGUCAGCCUUGAUGCCCUCAUUGUUUUAACAAUGCCUUCUUGUCUUAUUGCUCCAUCAUCCGUGCAUUAUCCUUAGCCAGUGAUUCUCAACUUUUUUUUUUUUUUUUUUUUUUUUAGACCAAGCCACUCAAAUUUUCCAAGGCACACCUUCUUUAAUUCUCUACAUUGUUUAGCACCUCACAUCCCACUGGACACUACGUGUUCUUCCUCUUCCUGUCACUGCCAGGCCUAAUCACUAAAGUGAGAAUUUUGGGGAAUUCAAAGUAAAUUUCAAAUUUACAGGGACACUAUAGUCACCAAAACAACUCUAGCUUAAUUAAGCACUUUUAGUUUCUAGAUCAAGCCUUUUUAAGUUUCAUUGCUCAAUUCUCUGCCAUUUAAGAGUUAAAUCACUUUUGUUGCUGGUUAUCAAGCCCUAGCCACACCUUCCCUGGCUGUGACUUACACAGCCUGCAUUUAAAAUAAAAUAAAAAAAAAAAGUUUAAUUUUCAAUCAGAUGUAACUUACUUAAAAAGUUUUUAUCUCCUGCUCUGGAAAUUUAACUUUAAUUACAAACAGGAGGCUCCUGCAAAGGUGGAGAUAGGAAACUCUAAAUUGAACAGAAUUUGCAAUAAAGGAAGCAUAAACAUUUAGAUGACUCUUUACAGGAUGUGUUUAGGAAGGCUGUGCAAGUCACAUGCAGGAAGCUGUGACUAGGGCUGCAUAAACAAAGAGAUGUAACUCCUAAAUGGCCGAGAAUUGAGCAGGGACAUUAUCUAUACAUAAAACUGCUUAAUUAAGCUAAAGUUGUUUUGGUGACUCUAGUUUCCCUUUAAGACCAAAGUAACCAAACUGGAACAAUUCUCCAAUUCCGCUAUGCUACCAGUUUGGAUACUUUCAUUAUCACGUUGGUGGAUAACCCUGUGUGAGUUAUUUAAGGACUAUGAAAGCCAGUAUCCAAGACAUACAAUAUAGUACAGCUGCGUAGUUUUCCUUACAGCGGCAUGGUCCUACUGACACCCUUUUUUAAAGGUUUUCCUGACAUGGACUGGAUUUUUAAGGUUGAAAUAUAAAUGCUAUUGGAAUGGCUAGUUCUGAAGUGAGUAGCUAAAUCUUAUAGUGCCUUUAAAAAAAUUUUUUUAAAAAAAUCACAAGCCUCUAAAUCAUUGGUAGGUAAAUAUCAGAACUCCUGGUCUUUAAUUGCAGAGCAUCAAUUUCCAUAUUUAAUGAAUAGAAAAUGGCUAAAAAAAAGGGUAAUGGAAGUUGUAGUUUGGAAACAACUGGUAGCCCAGUUUUAUUAGGUUGGACCUGCUGUGAAGAUUAAUAUAAAGAUGGUAGUAUUUUAAUUGUCAUUUAUUGGGGUUAAUGCAUUAAUUCUUAGCUUUUUCCUUAUUCCUCACCUUUCUAGAUUCAGAACCAAGCGAACGGAGUUCCAAGUAGCCGGAGUGACAAAGACACGGAAGGAAUAUCAUUGACCAUGAUCGUGUUGCCCGUAUUAGCAGUGUUUGCAAUUUAUGCUUUUUUCAGAUAUCGACAACGUUAGACAACAUUCUGAAAAGGCCAAAAGUCAAAAUGUUUUAAAUAUACACACGCGUAUGUUUAAUAUGUAAUUAUCACAUCCAAUACCUCCACAGUACAAUGCGUAUACCUGCAGCCUGGCCUUUUUCUGUUCCCAUAGCUUAGAGAUACAAAUCACAGGAGAGAACAGCUUACUAGAACACAAUGGAAUUAUUGAAUUAAUGUUAAAGAUGAAAUUCAGUUAGUUCAUGUACUACUCCUGUUCUCUAAUAACUUGUUUUUUGUAGCUGUAUUGUAAUUUUUUUUUAAAGUGUAUAAAUUCCAAUACUUACAAUGCUGUUGUGUAACCUAUGCCAUUCGGUUACAGUAGGGGCCACACACUGGUUAGAGGGAGGAAGAAGCCAUAAGCCAUGCUGCCUGUCAAGAUUCAAUGAAAAGUCUAAGAUUUUACUUUACACAGCGAGAUUAGCAUUGUUUCUUGUGUUAUGUAGAUGUCAGAUAUUACGGUUUUAUAAACCGGUUUAUGGUGUAGAUAUCAUGUGCCUUUCUAAACUGGAGUGAUGUAAGUGCCUUAUAAAAGAUGAAUUUUAAGUUGUCCAAAAGGCCUAAACAUGCAAAGGUCAGAGGUACAAAGCAAUGGCUGGCCUUUACAUCACAAUAUCAGGAAAGCUUUCUGUUGGUGAAUUGGGAAGGGUGGUAGAGAUCUCAAGAGAUCUGAUAGGAGACCCAGAGUCACAUGGAACAUUCACAUUUCUUCCACUGAAAUGAGCCAUGAUGCUAAAAGAUUUAGCAGACCACUUCUAAAUCGGCACAGAAUAUUGCAGUUCGAAAACAAGCCACAUAAAUUAUGUAGCAACCUGAGACUGUGUUUUAGGUCUUGUUUUAAGUAGUUAAUUAAUUUUUAACCCCCAAUGCCCAUGUCUGCUGCUAUAACAGUCUGUUCUGUAAGAAUCCUAUUCCAAAACAGCCCACUCAACUAUUAACAGCAGGGGUGGAUGGAACUGCAAAAAUCAAAUACGCAGAAUGUUCUAUGGUGAUAUGAGGUGUAUAGGGACAAGACUGUGAUGAGGGUGAAGUGUAUGUUGGUCCUUAAAUAUGUCUUCCUCACUUUGUUUUUAAAAUACACUUCCUGUAUCAAGUGUCUAAAUGGUAAAUCUGUUGGAAAAUGUAGGUACCUCCAUUCUAUUGUGCACAAUCAAUGCCAGGACAUCGAAUUUUACUGUGUUCUAUCAGAUUGUUUGUUUUCCAUUUUGUCAUAGGCAUUGAUCUCUAAUUCCUUGUAGUAGGCAUACCCGUUUAUGCAGUGGCAUAGUGUGGGUUGCCAGCUUCCGGUGCAGGGCAAGUUUUGCCCCCCCUAACCUAUGGACCGUUGGCACUCCUGGAGUCCCUUCACGGGUGCUUAGAUAGCUUCGCUCCUCCUUCCCUAUACGCCUCACCUCGCCCCUGUGGUGUGAGACACAGCUAACUAUGUUGCGUACUUUUUAAACUCCACUUCACACCUAAAAUAAUGUAUAUAGUCUAUUGUACAACUAUCAGUGUCACACACAUCACUGAGACAAGGAAGGUAGAGAAGAUGGAGCAAGGCAAUUGAGGUGCCUGUUAUUGGUGUACUGGUAUGAUAACCUUUAAUAGGCAACUACAGAUACAGCAGUAUCUUCAAAUGGGAAAUCACACUCUAAGUAGGCAUUAUGUUAUUCACUGAUAAAGAUUAUAUGAAGACAGUAUGGCUGUAUUUGGCAUGAAUAAUACUGUAAAAUAUUACGUGGCGACCUUUAUUUGCCCCGUCAUGUUGAAAAAACUGUGUAGAGUGUUUGGACAUUAGGAAAUUUUCUGUGUUAAGGGGAGGGCACACUAUUUUUUUUUUUUAUUAUUACUAUUACGUACUUUUUUCUUUUUACAUUUUUUGCUCAGUGCAAAAGCCCCUGUGCCCACCCCUACAAUACGCCCCUGCGUAUAUGGUCACAUGUGACAUUGUCUGAAAAGAACUUUCUACAACUUCUACAGCUAUUGAUAAAAUGCAAUAUUUAUUACUAAAUUACAGAGAGAUUUUCUGUGUGCAGAUUCUAAAAUAUUUAAGAACUUGAGUCCUGCCAAAAAUAAUAUUCAAUGGGUUUUUUUUUUCCCUGUAAAACUGCUGUUUGUCUACUACAUUAUUGGCUGUGUACCAGGAACUUUUUUUAUAUUUGCACUACUUGCAAAAUCAGUCCAUUAGUCCUGGUGAACUGUGCCUGUUGUAAAAUAUCGAAUAACAUGCAUUGUAUAAAGCAUCACGUCGUCACAUGUUAUUGUUAAAAUACUGUUUUAAGAUAUUGCGUGGUUUAAAAGGGAGCAGGACAUUUAGGCAAAAAUUAUUUCAUAGAGAUAAGACAGUUGUACGCAAUUGUAAUUUAUUUUUUUGGCUAUGGUUUUUAGAUAUCCUCUGCUUGAGUACAGGUGGAUCAAUAAAAGUAACUAAAACAGAUUGUCACCAGUGUUUUUAGCGGAAAUAUCCCAAUAUCAAGCAUUUGUAAAACGAUCUUUAAACUACACGCCAGCACACCAGAAUCUGAUAUUAACUGGUGUCAAUGAGACUGCACUGCUCAUUAACUCACCUGUACCAAUGUCAUUUAAAUUUGGCUUCGUGGUGUGUCCCAAAGACAAAUUUAUAGCACAAUGGGCUGCUUCCACUCAUGUGUUUUCAUGUGUAAUCUUGGCAGUUCUCUUUACUACUUACAUCUGAAGAUGAGUCUUCUUUGGAAAAUGCAAGAAAAGAAAAAUACUUCUCCCUCACUGGAAAAGCGUUCUAUAGAGAGAUGCACACUUUCAUAGUCAAAGUUUAUGUCAACCUUGCCAACUGUGGAUGGCCCAAAACUGACAUGCAACCGAAAUGACAUGUCAGUUUAUCACUUUUCAACCAGCAUUCUGAAGAGUAUAUUUUGCAUCUUUAAUGAAAUAAGUUAUUUAGAAAAAGUUAUCCAAGUGUUUGAAAUAACUUUUCAGUAUAUAAAAGGAAGAAAUGGCAAAUUGCGUAGUCUGUUCGAAAGUGUACACGGCGUAACUGAAUUAUGAAUUAUUUGCGCAGAUGCACAGGAUAAUUUUAUAAAUAAGGAAAAGCACAGGACCAGAGGGUAGAUAAAGAUAACUGUAAGUGAAUAGGAGAGGAAAAACAAAGCGAGAGACAGGAUUGUUCACUGAAGUGUGAAUUGGGUGAAAUUCAACGAGAUUUUCCAAUUUUAGGACAACCUAGCUAAAUUGAAAAACAUAGCAGACUUGGAGAAUUUGGUCUAAAAUUAGAAUUUUACUUCCAGUCUGGAUUCCUGACAAUUUACAUUUUAGUGAACAAGCCUAAAAAAGUUUAUUUGCUAAAAAUGGCGAACUGAAAACAAAAUUCGAUAUUCAGGGCCACGUAACAAAGUUGGAAAAAUUGUUAAAUUCCGUUAAAGUCGUGGCUUGACUAUUUUCAUACGAAUUUUGCAGUUUCAUUUCCGGUUUUACAGCUUAGUGUAUAAACCCCUGAGAAAGAGGAAGGACAGACUAGGCAUUGAAGUAGGAGGAGUUAGCCUAGGUUAGAUUGGAUCAGGGUUUGCAGGAACAGUAGUAUGUAUGGCAGAGAAAGUGGUCUGCUUGGUCUUAAUCCAAGGAGACCAGAUCAUUAACUCCUAAAUAAUUAAUGACCUUGAAUGUAAGUCCUGGCUCAGUAGGAUCUGCCUAAGCCCUUGUCAUGACUGGGUUAAGGUUGAAGUAGUGUUUGGCAUGUUGUGUAAGGUAGCAUAUGUCAUAGAAUAUCGUUUUGCUGAAUGUACGAAAGAAGUUUCUAGUAACCAUCUGACACAUUUUUAUGUGCACAUAACGUUUAGGGACACUUCAACUGUGAGAUGACCGUUUCAAAAGGAGACUGAGGUUACACAUGAAUUCACACAACACUAACUUUUAAAAGAGGAUUUAAAAAAAAAAAAUACACAUAUUGCCAGAUUUUGAUAGUGGUGUUAUGCUAAAACAAAUGAUAUAACCUUUUGCCUAACUGGCUUGCUCCUUCUUUAAGUUAACCAACACAAAAAAAAUUAAUUCACAUUCUUUCGAUUUGAGUUUUGCUUUUUUAGAGCCCACCCUUGCUGUUAUCAUUGAACAUAUUUGUGCUAAAAGAAAUGCCAUGACAUGUAGUGAAAAUCUGGCCUGUCUACUAGUUUUUACAUGACUGUGCAUAACCAUCAUUGAUUUAUUAAAGGUUUCAUAACCACUGCAGCUUACUGUAGUGUUUUUUUUAAUGCAAGGCAUCUAUGAGUGAGUUCCCUACUUAUUUUUUGUCAUGCAGUUCCCAUGUGGUUUGGCAAAAAAUGGAAGAUCUCUUGAUAUAUUGUGCACAUCCCUUCAGUUUGAGUCAUACGAGAAAGUGUUGCCUUUCUUGUAUAUUUAAAAUAACUGAUCUGUCAAGUAGGGAGGGGUAAUGUGCUGAUUAUCUUAUUUUUUUCAGGGUUAUUUUGUUUAUGUCAAACUGCUUAAAAAGAGAGACUACAAUACAUUGCAGUGGUUAUAGUGCUUGGAGUGUCCUUUAAGUCACGCAAUCUAUCAUAUUUCAGAAUUGAAGUUUCGAUGUGUCGUUUCUUUUCCAACCAAUGCAGCAGAUUGAAAGACAAUCAUAAGACAGGGGUCAAUUUGGCUACUGGAAAAGAAUGCAUUUUGAGACCAUGAAUGUGUUAUACAGCAAAUGUAUCCAAAGCAUGAUUUUAAAGCACGUGAAUUCUUGGAUCGCUAUCUCAGCUUACUGUAUGUGUGUAUAUAUUAUAUUUUUCCUUUAUGUAGAAAAAAUGAUUGAGGACUUUUGGGAAAUAAAUGAGUAUCCACUAUCCAGCA